UCUCUCGUCAGACAAACGGACAGGCGCGAACCGUCGUGAGGUGCACGAAACAGCCAGAGCUCCAUCAGCUACCCCCGACCUUCACUCCAGGACUCGGCUAAACAAAUCCCCGGCUCCCUGGUCCGUCGCUGGGAUCUCGCAAUCAAGCGUCCAGGCCGGAAUCAUCGUCCACUAAUCGCUAGUAAUCCGGUGGUUAGUACAAUAUCAUAUCGAACACCGCACUGUACUAAUCCUAGUACUCACUAGUCUACUACGGUGCUUAAUGCACUUGAGGUUGAGCGAGAGUGAGAGGAGAGAGAAGAGAGAGAGGACAGGACCAAGAGGAGUGGAAAAAGUCGAGGAAAAGGCCUGCAGCCUGGUUUCUUGAUUUGAGCCCCCUGAGCGGGAAGAAGAAACAAGGAGCGGAGGGAGGACGACGAACGAGGAGAAUGACGCCAAUGGCGGACUAGUGCUUCUACUCUAGACUUCGCUGUCCUCUGGAGGUAGUAGAAGAGGAGGGGAAAGAGAAACGAGGGAGAGUGUUGGCUGUGUUCACGGAGUCCUUCUGUUCUUGCGAUGCGCGGCAUUCUCCGUGCACAGGUUUAACUCCAGAGAUUUCUCUUCAAAUCCAAUGCUUCAUGUGCCAAUGUUGAUUUCUGAAACCUGCAUAUGGUGGUAGCCCAGAGAGCAGCAUAACCACUCUUGAUCUUUUGAGUGGUUGAUGGUUAUGGACCAUGCGGGUUGGCUCUGGAGGCGCAAGUCGUCCGAUAAGAGCCCCGGUGGUAGCGACAGCUCUAUGUCUGUGUCAUCGCACUCCGAGCAGUGCUCUGACGAUCAGGAGAUUCUGAGGCCUAUCUCAAAUAAUGCUUCGCCAUGUCAUGACCAAUCUCCCAAAGCCUCUUCAAGAAGUAAACUUGAUGACAGCCAAGAAGAUGGAGUCACAAAAUCCUUGAGUAGCAAGCUAGCAGCGGGGGUUAAUUUAAAUGAUCCUACCCCGCAGCAUGGCCAAUCAGUAGAACCACAUGUAUUCUCCAAUAUCAGAGAUGAAGAGGUCAAGGAGACCAUGAAGGGUUUGAAUGACAAACUUUCUGCUGCACUUUUGACUAUCAGAGCAAAAGAGGACUUGGUGAAGCAGCAUGCUAAAGUCGCAGAAGAGGCUGUCGCAGGUUGGGAACAAGCUGAAGCUGAAGCUACAGUUUUGAAGGGGCUACUUGAAGCUUCUUCUCAGAAGAAUGCUUCUCUCGAGGAUCAAGUCAGCCACCUAGACGAGGCCCUCAAGGAAUGUGUCAGGCAGCUGCGGCUGGCACGGCAAGAACAAGAGGAGAAAAUCCGUGACAUAGUUGCCAAGAAGUCUCAAGUGCUGGAGUCUGAAAACGCUGAGCUCCAAAACCAUAUUGCUGAGCUGAAGAAGCGGUUGGAAGUGACCAGAUUAGAAGCAUCUUCCAUGUUAUUACAGAAUGAUCUACAAGAAAAGCUUCAGGCAAUUGAGAAAGAGAACAUGAACCUUAAGACCAAGCUUCUUGUACAGUCUAAGGAUCUGAAGAUACUACUGUUGGAAAGAGACCUGAGCAACCAAGCAGCGGAGACAGCGAGUAAGCAGCACUUGGAAAGUGUUAAAAAGAUUGCAAGGGUUGAGGCAGAAUGCCGCAGGUUACGGCAUCUAACUCGCACAACAACAUUGGUCAAUGAUUCUAGGCCUGUACAAAACAAUGUUUGCAAGGAAUCACUGACUGACAGCCAGUCCGACAAUGGGGAGCAUAUGGUUGUUGUUGAUAAUGAGCUGCGAAAUUCCGACUUGUGGGCAUCAGCUUUGAUUGCUGAGCUGGAUCAAUUUAAGAAUGGCAAGGAUGGUUCAAGAAAUCUUGUGAACAAUCCUGUUGAGAUUGACAUAAUGGAUGAUUUCCUUGAAAUGGAAAGGUUAGCUGCAUUGCCUGAAUCAGACCGCACAAGCUCUAACUCUGAAAUGGAAACAGAUUCUGACAAGGCUGUGGCAAGAAACAACUCCUCAAAAGUCAAAACUGAAGAAUUGCACAAUCAGGUCACAGAUUUGCAAGAGAAGUUCGAAGCAAUUGCAAGCGAGAAAAGGGAGCUUGAGAUGGCCCUGAUGGAGGUUAGAAAUCAGCUUGACAUUUCCUGCGAUGCUCUAGUGGCGGCGAAGAACAGGCUGGUUGAAAUGCAAAUGCAGUUGGACUCGGCAAAUAACUCCAAAUUUGCUGCUUUGGAAGACAUGGAGCGAUUGGACUCAGAAAGGAAGGCUUUGGAGUUGCAGUUGGAGUCCAAAUCUCUAGAAGUUGAGGAGCUACUUAUGGUUGUAACGUCAUUGGAGGAAAAUGCAGGGCAGAAAGAGUUGGAGUCGCAGUUGGAACUGAUGUCAGCACAAGCCGCAGAGCUUCACCAAACUGUGGCAUCAUUGGAAGAGAGGCUUCAGGCCGGGAGGGUUCUUUGUGAACAGCAGAAAGCAAAUGGAGAGGCUGCGCGGAAUGCUAAAGAAGAAAUGGAGGCACAGCUGUGUUCAGCAAACACUGAAACAGAGAAACUGCGUGACAUUGUCAAAGCACUAGAGAAUGAGGUUGAAAAGGAUAAGGCGCUGCAUAAAGAACUAACAGCACAGUUACAGGUGAAGAUCGAAGAAGCUGUUGAUGCAGUUAAAGAAUCAUUGGAGGUGCAGCUGUGCUCAGCAAAUACUGAAGCAGGGAAGCUGCGAGGCAUUAUCAAAGCUCUAGAGGUUGAGGUAGAAAAAGAGAAGGCAUUGCAUUACAAACUAGCAGCACAAGUAGAGUUGAAAAUUGAAGAAGCGAGAACUCUUUCUGUUGAGGCUGUUAAAGAAUCCUUGGAGGCACAGCUGUGUUCAGCAAACGCUGAAAUACAGAAACUGCGUGAGAUCACCAAAGCACUAGAGAAUGAGGUAGAAAAAGAGAAGGCGCUUCAUGAAGAACUCUCAGCACAAUUAGAGAUGAAGAUUGAAGCAGAGAAAACUCUUUCUGUGGAGUCUGAUAAAGAAACAUUAGAGGAACAACUCCAGUUAGCAAACUCAGAAGCUGUAAAACUGCGUGUCAUGGUGACUGCACUUGAGCACGAUGUGGAAAAGGAGAAGGUAUUUUCUGCAGAGCUCCAGAUGCAGCUAGAAGCUCUAGAGGCCAUAAAAAAGGUGUUGGAGUCAGAGCUUCAUUCUGCACAUCAGGAUGCCAGAAAUCUCAACCAGAAGGUGGAGUCACUAGAAGCAAAACUUGAGGAACAGGUAUCGUCAGCUGAAGAAUUCACUGCCAAGGCAGAGGCUGUGCAGUCAGAGAGAAUGGUUAUGGAGCAUCAACUUGAAACAGCGGAGAGGGAGCUCAUCAAACUGACAAACAAGGUGAGCUUGCUCCAUAGGGAGAUUGGGCAGGAGAGAUUGCUGUCAGAAGAGUAUGAACAGAAAUGCCGAAAGCUGGAGGCUCAGCUCUCAAGGGAUAGUCGGGACGCGAAACACUGGCGGCUUGCAAACUCAAACGGAGAGCUGAAGGUCAAGAAGGAAAAGGAGCUCGCUAACGCAGCUGGGAAGCUCGCAGAGUGCCAAAAGACCAUUGCUUCUCUGGGACGUCAAUUGAAAUCACUGACAGACCUCGACAGUGUGGUUUUGGAGCCUGAAAGCCUGGAAUCCAGGGGUAUGCCAUUGCCGCUGGACUUCAGAAAUGGUGAUGCUGAAUUCGCGGUCUUUGCCGAUGAUUUAUAUGACUUUGACCUCCCAAAAGGCAACGGGAGUUGCUUUUCACCGCUCCCAUCAAUUCAACCACCCUCGUCCCCGCCCUCAGGGAUGUCAGUGUUUGCUGGGGGACUUUCGACUCUUAACAGUUACAGGAGCAGACGAGGAAGUAGAAGGUCACCAAUUCUCGGCUUAAUCACACAGCUAGAAGCAGUCCUUGUCCACGCUUUCAGGGUGCCUGACUGCCUGCCUGCCUGCCUGCUGCUCUCAUCGUCCAUGGGCCUCUUCAGCUCGCCUCCGAAGGUCUACAAGCCGGCCGCCGACGUCGAUCUCGGCCCCGGCAGCGACGAAUUCUACAUCAGCCCUAAUGUCAAAGCUCCUCGGGUUGCUGGGCUUCUGGUGAAGAUCUUCGUGUGGAUCCUCGAGAUGCCGAUCAUCGGGCAGAUCGUGCUCUACUUCUUGAAGAAGGAUAAUCUCAUCAAUAAGCUCGUCUCCGAUGCCGAAAUCCCGGAGCCGCCGCUGUUCACCGCAACCCACAGCUGGGAAGACAUUCCGGAGCAGAAUGUGAGCCUGACGAAGCCCGACCUGUCGCCGGCCGAGCGAGUUCAGGAGGCCGUCAGCUGCCUCCCGGCGCGCCUCGAGUCCACGCUCGCCGCGCCAGCGCUGGGCCUCAAGCGCUGGACGAUCAGGGACUUCUCCAACGCUUACAGCUCGGGAGAGACCACACCUGUUCAGGUUGCAAAGAGGUUUCUGGCUGCAGUGAAAGAGUGUUCAGGCCUUGGCCUCAACAUGGCCUUCUUCAUCAGCUGCAGCCCUGAGGACAUCAUGAAGCAGGCUGAGCAGUCCACACUCAGAUACCAGAAAGGGACGCCUCUGUCAGCGAUGGAUGGCGUGCUGGUGGCGGUGAAAGACGAGAUAGACUGCCUACCCUAUCCCACCACAGGCGGGACGCGGUGGCUGGGGGCGGCGCGGCGGUGCUCGGCGGACGCGGCGUGCGUGGCGCAGCUGCGGGCGUGCGGCGCCAUCCUGGCCGGGAAGACCAACAUGCACGAGCUCGGCGCCGGCACCAGCGGCAUCAACCCGCAUCACGGGUCCACGAGGAACCCGUACAACGUCAGCAAGGUCGCCGGGGGCUCCUCCAGCGGCUCCGCCGCCGUCGUCUGCGCCGGCCUCUGCCCCGUCGCCCUCGGCGUCGACGGAGGCGGCUCCGUCCGGAUGCCGGCGGCGCUGUGCGGCGUCGUGGGCUUCAAGCCCACCGCCGGACGCCUCUCCAACGCCGGGGUCCUUCCGCUGAAUUGGACGGUCGGGAUGCCGGGGAUCUUGGCAGGGACGGUCGAGGAUGCUGCCAUCGCAUAUUCAGCGAUCGUUGAUCAGUCUCAACCAUCCUACCUGCGGCCUGAGCUGAACCUGCCUCUGCUCAGGUCCACACUGUCCAUCAGCAACAUCAAGCUAGCGAAAUACGCAAAGUGGUUCAAUGACAGCGCAGAGGAUAUCAGAAGCUGCUGUGACAAAGCUCUCCAGACGCUGCAUGCACACUAUGGCUGGCAGACUGUGGAUGUGACGGUUCCUGAGAUCGAGGAGAUGCGGCUUGCGCACUACGUGACUAUCGGUUCAGAAUGCACUACCUCGCUCGCUAAAUACCUUGACAAGCUGAAGAGGUCUGAAAUUGGUUGGGACGCAAGGGUCGCGCUGAGCGUCUACGGUUCAUUCAGCAGCAGAGCUUACCUGAACUCGCAACGGCUUCGGAACCGUCAGAUGCACUUCCACAAGGAGAUCUUCAAGACAGCAGACGUGAUCGUCUCACCGAUGACAGGUGUGACCGCCUACACGCUGCAAGACGAUGCGCUGAGCACCGGGGAACUCGACUACAUAAACGGAGCCGCGCUGGUCCGGUACUCCAUAGCAGGGAACUUCCUGGGAUUGCCGGCCAUCACCGUCAUGGUUGGGCAUGACAAGGGCGGGCUUCCCAUCGGGCUUCAGUUCAUCGGCAGGCCGUGGUCGGAGGCGACUCUGCUCCACAUAGCAUUUGCAAUGCAGGAAGCGUGCGCCAAGAACUACAAGAAGCCGGCGGUGUUCUACGAUCUCCUCAAGAAAGAGUGACUUGGAGCCGUCUGCAAGAGAGAUCUUCAGCUCUGUCCGUUCUGGUCUUGUGCCCCUUGUACUAGAGUGUCUGCCGUCGAGAUGGACGCCGAGGUGUUGCGCCUUCAGCUCGAAAGCGAGAGUAGUGAAAUGAGUCGGCUGAAUUACGCGCCAAGUGAAGAGUUUUAGCAAAUUGUUCUUGUGUAGCGUACAGGAUCAGAAGGAAAGAAAGAGAUCAGAAUUGCUCGAGUGCAGUAGCAGUAAAAUUAGGCGCAGGCUGCAGAUGAUCUGGCUCAUUGCUGUGACUGUAAGCAGUAUUAUGUGUGCAAUACAUUUCGUCCCAGAAAAAUAUUAUUCAAGAUUCAGUCCCGUCCUUUUUU